UUAGUAAGGAGAGCCUGUGGCAAAGAGAGCGCUUUGUUCAUGGCGGAGCCUGCUCUAAGUCCACUCGAACAAUGGCUUAGUGCCAACAAAGCACAAUUGAUCACACUAAGCGACACUUGAACAAAACUUAGACACCUUUGUCACAUGCCUGUUCUUGAUAAAGAGAUCAACUCUUAUUUACUUCAUUGUUCUAUGCUGGUAACAAUAGAUCAACUGCAGAACGUGUUGGCCAUCUGCCUCGGAACAGCAUCAACAACACUCACUCUUACAAACUUAACCUCGUCGUUGGAUUCUUUCAAAGCAAACCCGCAACAAAAUCUCUCCACCAACCAAAACAACCACCCAACAGCAAACUACAGACCCAAGUUUCACUUCCGCAAUGGAAUAUGAAAACGAGCAACCUGCUGGCGCUCCAUCUUUCCUCCAACAGGUCCUAGCCUCCUGGGAUCCAUGGAAACGAUUCACCGAGCCGCAAGGAACGCCCUCCCCACCAGCCUCCCAACCCAUCCCAACCCCCGACUCAACAGCUGCUCAACUCGCGUCUCUGCGCCACCUCCGCAUGGUCGCCAAGCUCCAUGACACGGAGUUCAGAAUGAUGGAGAUGUACCUGAACGCCUACGACUCCCAGUAUGAAGGUGCGGAGUCGCCAUCCGAAGUAGAAGUCGACGAGAUGGAUGGCAAGAUCGCUGCUCUGGAGGAGCGGUUGAGGAUUGAAGGUGUGGAGGAUGUGAGGGAGUCGACGAGGGAUGAGCUUGCGAGGGCGCUGGUGACGUUUGAAGCUGAGAGCGAGUCAUCGUGGCUUGUGAUUGACGAGCGCCAGGCUGUUAACUUGAGGGACGAGUCUGGGUUGAGGAGGGUGGAGGAUCUGGACUAUCUUGACUUGUAACAGUGACUUGUAGAAGUAGAAGUAUACAAUGUAUAACAAAAUAUG